AUUUGUCAAUAGCGAAUAGAGAAAAAAGAGAAAUCAGAAAACAUUAAAAAGCAUUUAGCCACCGCAUUCAUGAAAAUAAAACUUGUUAUUCGUAAGUAAAUUAUUUACCUCAUAUUAUGGCUAACAAAAAAGGAAAUAAUACAAAUAGUCGCGCGCAACAACGAUUAGAUGACUCAAAUGAUUACAGCGCCUUCAAAGUGGUAUUCUUCUAUUGUUCGCUUAUUGUGUUCCUGCCUGUCGCAACAUUCUUUCUACUUAAGUCCGCAGUGCUGGACCGAUUAUUUACAAUGUCUGAAAUUACGACCAACAUAUACUCAGCCGUUGGCGCUAUUGUGGCGCUGCACCUAGCGCUGGGUCUCUACAUAUACCGUGCAUAUUUCGGUAGUGGACAACCGAAGUCAGAGUCAUACAAAAAAAUUGAUUGAGUGACACAUAAAUAAGAACAAUAAUUAAAAGUGAUUGAUCGCGAAAGAAUGGUGUUAAGCAGUAUUACCUGCACAGAGGAACAUGUGACGUGUUUUAGGUAGUUACUCUAAGUACAUCUAUUUAAAACGUAAAUGCACAGAUAGACAUUUUUAUUACAAUGAAUAUAAUAAUAUUUACGUCAACUUUUUUAUUUUAAAUUGCA